ACAGCGAUGCUGAGGUUACUCCUGGCCUGGGUGGCCCUGGGGCCCACCCUGGGUCAGGGUCCGGGGCCCACUGAGGAGGCUGCGGCCUCCUGUGGGCCAACCAGCUGCUACGUGGUCUUCUAUCGGCGCAGGACCUUCCUAGAGGCCUGGAGGGCCUGCCGUGAACUAGGGGGCAACCUGGCCACCCCAAAGACCCCAGAGGAGGCCCAGCGUGUGGGCCUCCUGGCGGGCCGGAAGGCUGAGGAGGUCCCUGGGCAGCUACUGUGGAUUGGGCUACAGAGGCAACCCCGCCAAUGCCACCCGCAACGCCCCCUCCGGGGCUUCACCUGGACCACCGGUGACCAAGACACAGCCUUCACCAACUGGGCUUCGCCAGCCGGGGCUGGGGCCUGCCCGGCCCUGCGCUGCGUGGCCAUGGAGGCCGGUGGGAGCCAGCUGUGGCGUGAGGGCUCCUGCACCCUGCCGGUGGACGGCCAUCUGUGCCAGUUUGGCUUCGAGGCGGCCUGCCCGGCACUGACCAUCGAGGAGGGCCAGGAUGGCCCCACACUCUACACCACCCCCUUCCAGCUGGUCACGCAUGCCCUGGAUUGGCUGCCCUUUGGCUCUGUGGCUGAUGUGCCCUGUAUGGAGGGUGGCAGCACCUCCCUGCUCUGCAUGCAGAGGCCUGAGGGAGGCGUGGGCUGGUCCCGCCGGGGGCCGGUGUGCCCCGGCCUGCGGCCUGUCAUGGCCAGCUGCACUCUGGAUAACGGGGGCUGUGAGCAUGAGUGUGUGGAUGAGGCUGCCGGGAGAGUGUCCUGUCGCUGCGCUGAGGGCUUCCGGCUAGACAGCGAUGGGCACAGUUGCGUGGACCCCUGUGCCGAGGCACCCUGUGAGCAGCAGUGCGAGCCUGGGGGGCCAGGCGGUUACAGUUGCCACUGUCGCCUGGGCUUCCGGCCCGCGGACGACGAGCCCCAUCGUUGUGUGGACACGGAUGAGUGCCAAAUCCCCGGAGUGUGCCAGCAGAUGUGUGUCAAUUACGUUGGAGGGUUCGAGUGCUACUGCAGCGAAGGGCAUGAGCUGGAGUCUGAUGGCAUCAGCUGCAGCCCACUGGGAGCAGGGCAAGGAGCCCUGGGUGGGGAGAUCCAAGAGGAGGAGGAAGACGAAGAGGAGGAGGCCUGGGACAGUUUGGAGGGGGGCUGGACUGAGCCAAUCGGUCCCCUGUGGUUGGACCCCACGAGACCACCCCUUGCUUUUGACCCUCCUUACAGACCCCUGCUUCCCCAUGUCAGCCCCACUAGACCACCUCUGUUUAUCCCCCCCAGAUUUCCCUACCGACCCCCACUACUCUCAAUCACCCGGCCCCCCAGGCUUCCCUCCACUCACCACCCAUUGCCCCCUGCCCACUGGCUCCCCAUGGUCCCUGCAACCCAGCCCCCUCUUCCCCCAGCCUACCAACUCCCCAUCUUCUCUGCUUCCCACCCUCCUGUACGUAAGCUUCCCACCAUCCCUGUUUCCCGACCCCCUUUGCCUCCAGUCCACAAACCUCCAGUGGAUUCCACUACCCACCUUCCCGUGCCUCCUGCACAGCAGCUCCCUGCUCAUUCUGCCACCAAAACCCCCUUGCCCCCUGCCCAGCAGUCCCCUAGCCUUCCUACUAAGCCUCCCCCCUUGCCCCCUGCCCACAGACACCCUGCAGCCCCUGAGCCAUCUGUCCAACAGCCCCCUCUGGUUUCUGCUACCAAGCCUCUACCCUCCACCUCUCAGCCUGCCUUGAUCACUGCCCCCCAUAGGUCUCUGCACCCAGAUCACUCAUCCCCUGGGCUUGCCACCACACAGCCCUCUCUCCAGCCCUCUCUCCCCCUUCCCCUUCCCACAGACCAAGCCCCACAGCCCCCUACUUCCCAAUCACCCAGGCCCCAAGCCCCACAGCCCCCCACUUCCCAAUCACUCAGGCCCCAAGCCCCCCAGCCCCCAGCCCCAGUCCCUUUGACUCCCUCUGAAGCCCUCAGCAAGCUUCCAGCCUCUCCUACCACAUCCCCUUCCCAACCCCCCAGCAGCCCCCCAGACCCUGGCCCAGCCCUGGACGUUCUGGGGUCCUCUCUGCCAUCUCCCACAGCCCGGAGCCGGAGUCAGAGGGAUGACCGUUGGCUGCUGGUGGCCCUCCUGGUGCCUACCUGUGUGUUCUUGGUGAUUCUCUUAGCUGUGGGGAUUGUGUACUGCACCCGCUGUGGGCCCCGGGCCCCCAACAAAAGCAUUACAGAUUGUUACCACUGGAUCACAAACUCGGGAGCCAAGGGGGAGACUGAGCCCAAGCGGGGCAGCCUGUCAGGGGUCAUAACCUGCAGAACCAGUGUGUGAUUGGUGGGGAGGAGGAGGGCAGGAACCCCUCCCUCCUUGGACCUAUGAGGAGCUAGCCCCUCUCCCAUGGAACUGGGGGUAGAGGGGCCCCUAUUAGACUGAAGCCCAGGAAACUGCACCCCGGGACUGAUGGGGGAACCAGCUGCCCCCUUCAGCCCCAAGCUCACUACUACUCCCCAUAGGGUGGGAGAACCCAGGUAUGCUGCCCCCUACCCUUAGCUCGCCUUCGUGGACACUGCUGCCUUUAACAGCCACACCUGGCCCAGCUCUCCAGCCAGGACCCAGGCGUCAGCCCACUGCACUCACUGUGGGGCACCAGGCAUCGUGCUCUGCCCUACCUUCUCUGCUCACACUUCUCCAGUCCCCAGGCCCAUCUCCAAUCCUCCCCACCCAGCAGAAAUCGCUGUCAGGGCUGGGGGUGAGGGGGGUGAUGGGCGGGAAAGCACACCUGGCCUGGCCAG